AUGGCUUCGAAGAAAGCAACCGCCAAGUUGCAGCUGGGACCUGCUUCCAAGGGUAGGGCCAAUAACAGAAGUGGCGCAAAAGUGCCCCGCUCUAAGGCCGCCGCCGCCUCCAAGCAGAAGCAGAAGUCCCCCUCUGACCCCCCGAAGCACGCCUCUGCCGAAGCGGAACACGAGACGCACCCCAUAAUUAACCAAGUUCCCACCAAGGUCCUUAGCGUGCUUGUGUUUGGGAAUGGCGAUAACAGCGAGCUCGGGCUCGGGCCUAAGCAGACAGAAGCGUCUCGCCCUUCCUUAAAUCCAUUUCUCGACCCCAAAGAUCCAACCAAGUACCAUAUCACACAGCUAGCAUGCGGAGGGAUGCAUACGAUAGCUCUCACUAUCGACGAUCAGAUUAUCACCUGGGGUGUUAAUGACGAGUUCGCCCUUGGGAGAGACACGCACUGGAUCCCUGAGCGACGCGACAUGGAUACCGUCCCGGACGACGAUGCAGAGCUGAAUCCCCUAGAGUCGACUCCACUAGCUAUUCCUGCUGCCCAUUUCCCACCAAACACUCGCUUCUGUCAAGUUGCAGCUGGCGAUAGCUAUAGCAUUGCGCUGACAGACACUGGCCUUGCUUAUGGUUGGGGUACAUUUCGCGACUCCGAGGGGAAUAGCCGUUUUGGCUAUAACAACUUUUGCAUGGGGCUCAAAUGA